AUGAAAACCUGCUUGAUGAGUUCUUUCUUUAAAUCUCAUAAGCAUCGCAGACUAUCUGGGACAAUUAUACAAUUCAUAAAACAAGAAAUAUUCGUCACCAUUACCACAAAUAAAUAUAAAAUUAAGAAUUAUCUGUCUGAAGUCAUGAAAAGUGCUGUCGAAAUUUUAGCAAACACGAAGCAUAACAAUUCUUCCCUCCACAUCAUAAAUCUUAAAGACACAGCAAAUGAAGACAUGCGAUUCGCUACAGUUGAUUUAAAGAUAGAAAUACUUUUGCCAAUGUAUGAAAUGGAAUAA